AUGUCUCAUCAUGAUCAAAAUAGAAAAAUAUCAAAGAAAGAACUCAAUAGAUCAGAAUUUACUGUUAUAGAGCAGUUUGUGGAUAAUGUUUAUAGCUUUAGUUCUCAAUAUGGCAAUAAUAUCAGCAUAUCUUAUACUGCUCCUAAUAUAAUUGGACCACCUAGCAAGUUUCCAGAGUAUGGAGAUUUCCCACAGGCAUUUGCUAUGAGAACUUAUGGAUUAUGGUGGGAUAAAGCACCUUCAAGAUCAAUUGAUUAUAUGCCACAGAAUAAUCCGGAUGUUGUGAGCCAAGACUAUAUUGAUAUUGAAUAUCGUGAACCAGUAUAUCCAAUUAGAGUAUCAAUAUAUGAAUUGUAUAAUCCUGGGAGUGUAAUUGCUAUCUGGGCACAAGAUUGUUAUGGUCAAUGGUUUCAACUGUGGAGUGGACUGCCUCAGAUUGUAACCCAACAAUCGCGAUUAUUCUCCCCACCUUUACAAUUGUGUAAUUUUAAAACCAAAAUGUUAAGGCUAGAAUUUAAUCAUAGCUUAUUGGACUAUUACACAGAGUUGGAUGCUGUGUCGCUUAUUGGUACAUCAGAAAUGAUGUUUCCUAAAGAUCCAUCAAAUAAGCGGAACUUAUCUGAUUUAUUACAAGAUACGAUUUAUGGUCAUUUCAAUAAUAUUGCAGAUCAUAAUUUAACACCACAUUAUGAAAAUCCACAACAAAACAUAAAUAAUCUGAAAGUAAUAUUGGAUGAAUAUUACACUACAUAUGAAAGUAACAAUCUUCAGAGUAUGUUAAUAUCUGACGUGGAACAAAUUUAUCAUUCCAUACCACCUAUUGAAGAAGGAUUAAAUAACAUGCAACAAUUUUUAAUAAAAGAUUUACCAAGAUUUGUGAACAAUGUUGAAGCUUCUUCCAAUGAACCCAAAGAAUUAUGUGGCAAUUUUUCUAUACUUUCUAUUGAAACGAUACUAAAAAUAUUAAAGAAAUUAGACUUGAAAUCGUUAUAUCGCAUAUCGAGAGUAAAUAAAUGUAAAUAUUUACGAAGAUUGGAUCUUUCGUGGUGUGGUAAUCACGGUAUGUUUUCUGCUACAAGUAUUAAAGAAUUUCUCAUUGAAUGUGGCAGUCUCCUAACACAUUUACGAUUAAAUUGCUGCAAAAAUGUUGACGAUUCUACCAUUUAUCAAAUAUCAGUUACAUGUAAAAAUUUGAAAGAAUUAUGCUUACGCAAUUGUCAGAGCAUACAAGAUAAGGGAUUUGAGUAUCUUGAGAAUCUUGAAUUUCUCGAGCGUUUAGAUUUUUACAGGACAUCUAUAAAGACUGAAACUUUAUGCAAAAUAUUACAAAAAAAUCGAUGGUUGCGUCACUUAAAUGUAGUAGGAACAUUUCAAGAUAAUAUAAAUAUCGACAUAGUCGCAAUGGAAUUGGGAAGAUCGUGUCCAAAUUUGGAAAGUAUAGAUUUUUGGAAGGCACAAACACUUACAGCACUAGGUAUUAAUGCUCUGGCUGCUUGUAAGAAUCUACGAGAAGUGGAUUUUAGUUGGUGUGGUAAUACAUCUGGUCAUGGUGAAACCUUAGUGAAAUUGUUCUCUUGUUGUCAAUUCUUGGAGAAAAUCUUUUUGGCCACCUUUCGAGGACUCACGGAUCGCGAUUUGAAAGGAUUGACACAGUGCAAACAUUUAAAACAAUUGGAUUUAUUAGGUGCGUUAUCUCUGACACCAGAGAUAUGUUAUGAAAUUUUGUCAAGUUGCCCCAAACUGGAAUUGAUGGAUCUCAGCUUUUGUGACAACAUUAACAAUUUUUACAUUGAGAAGUUGCGACAAGAGUAUCCACAUGUAGCUAUUAAAAGAAUAAUGGAUUAUCAUUAA